AUGAAAGGGUUUGAAAUGAAAAACAUAAAGUCGCCAGAAGACGGUGUGGUGGAGUCGUUUGACAGCGUAGAAGUCGUCAAGGAAACCUCGCCACGCAGUGAGGGCUCCAGAGAUGGGCUCUUCCACCGGUUCGUUGAUUCGUUCAAGAGACCCGAGGAGGAAUACAACGGGGGAGACGGAAUACACAGCACACACGAGCGCGUUUCUGGCGAGGACUUCGAAAGGCUCGCGCCCGAUGACUCCAGCAAACACAAGACUCUGAAGCAGAAUAUCAAGCCCCGUCACGUUCUGAUGAUUUCGCUGGCGACAGGAAUCGGUACGGGUAUGCUUGUCGGAAACGGUAAGUCUCUGCACAACGGUGGGCCUGCGUCGCUACUGAUCGGGUACGCCAUAGUUUCCACCAUGUUGUACUGUGUGAUCCAGAGCGCUUCGGAGCUCGCAAUCAUCUACACCUCGCUUUCGGGCGGGUUCAACGCUUACCCAGCGCUGCUGGUAGACAAGGCUUUUGCGUUCUCCGUAUCGUGGGUUUACUGUCUGCAAUGGCUGUGUAUCUUGCCUUUGGAGCUGGUCACUGCCUCAAUGACCAUCAAAUACUGGAACGAUAGCAUUAACCCAGACGCCUUUGUGGUUAUCUUUUACGUUGUGCUUAUUGUCAUCAACUUCAUAGGAGCAGCGGGUUACGCGGAGGCCGAGUUUUUCUUCAACACAUGCAAAGUGCUCAUGUUGAUCGGGUUCUUUAUUCUUGGCAUUAUCGUGAAUUGCGGCGGUGCCGGAAACGAUGGGUACCUAGGCUCCGUAUAUUGGCAUGAUCCGGGGGCGUUCCGUGGUAACAAUGGCAUCAACCGGUUCAAAGGUCUAGUUGCGGUCCUAGUGAACGCAGCGUUCGCUUAUGGUGGUGCCGAGUUUUCCGUGUUGACAGCCGCUGAGCAGCAGAACCCACAAAAAUCCAUCCGCAGCGCGUCUAAGAAGCUAGUGUAUCGUAUCAUAGGCAUUUACUUGAUGACCGCAGCAUUGUUGGGAUUCCUUGUCCCAUACAACUCACCAGAACUAUUAGGGUCAGGCAGUGCAGCGACUCACGCGUCCCCAUUCGUCAUCGCAAUUGCGUCACAUGGUGUUAAGGUUGUGCCACAUAUCAUCAACGCAGUCAUCUUGCUUUCUGUGUUGUCAGUUGCGAACUCCGCUCUGUACUCAUCUUCAAGAAUUCUUUUGUCUCUUUCCGAACAAGGAUUUGCUCCCAAGCUGUUCAACUAUGUCGACAGACGCGGCAGACCUGUCAGGUGUCUCCUGGUAAGCUGUGUCUUUGGGCUGCUUUGUUUCGUGGCGGCGUCGCCAAAAGAGGAAACCGUUUUCACGUGGCUGUUGGCUAUCUCCGGUCUCAGCGAACUGUUUACCUGGUUUUCUAUUAGCUUGUCGCACGUCAGGUUUAGACGUUCGAUGAUCGUGCAAGGACGGUCGCUCGACGAGCUUGGUUACCAAUCGUGGACUGGUGUAUGGGGCGCAUACUACGCCAUGAUCAUGAUUUUAUUGAUCCUCAUUGGCCAAUUUUGGGUAGCGAUUUCACCCGUAGGUUCCAACAAGCUAGAUGCGAACAACUUUUUCGAAAACUACUUGGCCAUGCCAAUCCUCAUUGGGCUUUACCUGGGCUACAAGCUUUGGUAUCGUGACUGGAGGGUAAUCAUCCCCGCCAAUGAGGUGGACCUUGUUUCGCAUCGUAAAAUUUUCGACGCUGAAAUCAUGCAGAGCGAGCAGCUGGAAGAAAAGGAGCAACUGCGCCAUGCAUCUUGGACAAAACGCGCAGCUGAGUUCUGGUGCUGA